GUGGCGGCCCGGCUGGGUCCGAGCAUCCUGCGGUCCGCGACCCGCCCGGCCCGGUCAUGGCGACAGUCCGGGCCUCGCUGCGAGGCACGCUGCUCCUUCUCGUGACCGUGGCGGGGGUCGCGGAGGUGGCAGGGGGCCUGGCCCCGGGCAGUGUAGGUGUAUUGUGCUGUAAUCAUUCAAAGGAUAACCAAAUGUGCCGUGAUGUAUGUGAACAGAUUUUCUCCUCAAAAAGUGAAUCCCGUCUAAAACAUCUGUUGCAGCGAGCCCCAGAUUAUUGUCCGGAAACAAUGGUUGAAAUUUGGAGUUGUAUGAAUUCAUCUUUGCCAGGUGUCUUUAAGAAGUCUGACAGCUGGGUUGGCUUAGGCUGCUGUGAACUGGCUAUUGCCUCAGAGUGUCGUCAGGCAUGCAAGCAGGCAUCUUCAAAGAAUGAUAUUUCCAAAGUUUGCAGAAAAGAACAUGAGAAUGCUCUUUACAGUUGCAUUAACAGAAAUGAAAUGGGCUCGGUGUGUUGCAGUUAUGCAGGUCAUCACACAAACUGCCGAGAAUACUGUCAAGCUAUUUUUCGAACAGACUCUUCGCCUGGCCCAUCGCAAAUCAAAGCUGUGGAAAAUUACUGUGCCGCUAUUAGUCCACAGUUAAUACACUGUGUGAACAAUUACACUCAAUCUUAUCCAAUGAAGAACCCAACAGAUAGUUUGUAUUGCUGUGAUAGAGCUGAAGAUCAUUCUUGCCAAAAUGCCUGCAAGAGAAUUUUGAUGUCUAAGAAAACAGAAAUGGAGAUUGUUGAUGGCCUCAUUGAGGGCUGUAAGAAGCAGCCCUUGCCUCAAGAUCCACUUUGGCACUGUUUUCUUCAAGGCUCACUAUCUCAUCACCCUGGAGUCACUGCACACCCUCCUCCCUCCACAGGCCUUGAUGGGGCUAAGUUACAUUGUUGUUCUAAAGCAAACACUUCAACCUGUAGGGAACUGUGCACUAAACUAUAUAGCAUGAGCUGGGGCAAUACACAGAGUUGGCAAGAGUUUGAUCGCUUUUGUGAAUACAAUCCAGUGGAAGUAUCCAUGUUGACUUGUUUAGCAGAUGUUCGGGAACCUUGCCAGCUGGGCUGUAGAAAUCUUACUUACUGUACUAAUUUCAACAACAGACCAACAGAACUUUUCAGGAGUUGCAAUGCUCAAUCUGAUCAAGGAGCAAUGAAUGACAUGAAGCUGUGGGAGAAAGGAAGCAUAAAGAUGCCAUUUAUAAACAUUCCCGUUCUUGACAUUAAAAAGUGCCAGCCAGAAAUGUGGAAAGCAGUAGCUUGUUCACUGCAGAUUAAACCGUGUCAUAGUAAAUCCCGGGGCAGUAUUAUUUGCAAAUCGGAUUGUAUAGAAAUUCUCAGGAAAUGUGGAGACCAAAACAAAUUUCCUGAAGACCACACAGCUGAAAGUAUUUGUGAGCUUUUAUCACCUACAGACGACCUGGAAAAUUGUAUACCUUUGGAUACAUAUCUCAGGCCAAGUACUUUAGGUAACAUUGUAGAAGAGGUAACUCAUCCCUGUAACCCAAAUCCUUGCCCUGCUAGUGAGCUCUGCGAGGUCAACAGAAAAGGAUGCCCAUUUGGAGAUCCCUGCCUUCCUUACUCUUGUGUUCAAGGUUGCAAAUUGGGGGAAGCUUCUGAUUUCGUUGUCCGUCAAGGAACAUUGAUCCAAGUGCCAUCAUCUGCAGGGGAAGUUGGUUGUUACAAAAUUUGCUCCUGUGGACAAAGUGGACUUUUAGAAAACUGUAUGGAGAUGCACUGUAUAGACCUCCAGAAGUCUUGUAUUGUUGGAGGAAAAAGAAAAAGUCAUGGAACAUCCUUUAAUAUUGACUGCAAUGUCUGUUCUUGUUUUGCUGGUAAUUUGGUAUGUUCUACCCGCCUCUGCCUCAGCGAGCAUAGUUCAGAAGAUGACCAUCGCACUUUCACAGGUCUACCUUGUAACUGCGCUGACCAGUUCGUCCCUGUGUGUGGGCAGAACGGGCGCACUUACCCCAGUGCCUGCAUUGCACGAUGUGUGGGGCUCCAGGACCAUCAGUUUGAGUUUGGAUCCUGCAUCUCAAAGGACCCAUGUAAUCCUAAUCCUUGCCCCAAAAACCAAAGAUGUGUACCAAAACCACAAGUCUGCCUGACAACUUUUGAUAAAUUUAGAUGUAGCCAGUAUGAAUGUUUGCCAAGACAGCUCUCCUGUGACCAGGCCCGUGAUCCUGUUUGUGACACAGACCAUACGGAGCACAAUAAUCUCUGCACUUUAUACCAAAGAGGAAAAACCCUCUCUUACAAAGGCCUGUGCCAGCCCUUCUGCAGUGUCACAGAGCCGGUGUGUGGACACAAUGGUGAGACCUACAGCAGUGUGUGUGCUGCCUACUCAGACCGAGUGGCCAUCGAUUACCACGGCCCCUGCCAGGCGGUCGGCGUCCUCUCCGAGUACAGUUCCAUUGCAGAGUGUGCUGCUGUGAAGUGUCCUCCACUUUCUGCAACAGGGUGCAAACCCAUCAUCCCACCGGGUGCUUGUUGCCCAUUAUGUGCUGGGAUGUUAAGAGUUUUAUUUGACAAGGAAAAACUGGAUACUAUUGCCAAGGUAACAAACAAAAAGCCAAUAACAGUUCUGGAAAUACUUGAGAAAAUCCGCAUGCACGUGUCUGUCCCACAGUGUGAUGUAUUUGGAUACUUCAGCAUUGAAUCAGAAAUUGUCAUCCUGAUCAUUCCAGUCGAUCAUUAUCCAAAAGCUCUGCAGAUUGAGGCCUGCAAUAAAGAAGCGGAAAAGAUUGAAUCUCUUAUCAACUCUGACAGCCCUACUCUGACAUCCCACGUCCCUCUCUCCGCCCUUAUCAUUUCCCAGGUACAGGUGUCCAGCAGCAUGCCCUCAGCUGGCAUCAGAGCCAGAUCUCCACGUCACGCUUGCCUCUUCCUCUUCAGCCUGAUCCUUGCCUUGCACUUGUUCUGGGCACAUCACUGAAUGCCCACAAAAGGUGCAUAAUGUUCCCUUAUCAAAUGUUUCUACUUGUGAAAGACAUUCAGGACUGCUGGUGUGAGUUGAGUAGUGGCCGAGUAAAAGCACACGUCACCUCUGUUCACCACACAGUAUUUUUUAAAUCUACCAAUAAUAGAGUUUUAUUUUUGCAAAUGUUAUUCCCCCAAGGACUAAUGUAUCUUUCUCAUGGAUUCUCUGUGAAUUCCACCUUAUUCAUCAGAUGGAUCCUCCACUCUAAAACCGAUUUAAUGUCACUGGUAAAUACUAAUGAUGGUUCUCUUUUUAGAAAGAUAACUUGGCUGUCUAUCGGUUUCACAUCACAGACAUUUCAUUAAGCAUUAAGGUUUCUCUGUGGAUUUGUUUACAGAUAAUUAUUCUAUCCAUGAACUAAGUGGUAAUAGUAUAAAAUAUUUAAGUAUAAAAUGAUAAUAAAGCAUCUUUAAAAUUAUAGAUCAUCAGUCAGACUUAAAUAAUUUACAGGAAUUGGAUUCAGAAACCCAACAGUUGUGUCAAGCAAAAACAAGGUGAUCACAUGACACACAAUUCUUUAUUGUAAGUGAUCUUCUUCGCUGUCACUGAUGCCUCUAUGACUUUUGUGAAAGGGAGAAGUACCUUGCCUCAAAACAUCCUGCAUUUUGCCAUUUUUAUAUUAACCAGAUAUAUAUUCUUAUGUAUUCUGAUUUAGAGUGUUUAAACAUCAGCCUUUAAACCAUUUGCUGCUACUUAUAUAAGAAGCCCCCCAAAAAGUGAACUAAUUAGUAGUUCAUGUAAAUAAAUACAUGCCUUUUCUAUUUUAUUAUGAAGGUGAAUAGCCAUAUUUGUAAAAUGACAAUCAUGUGUGUUAACUCAGUAUUUUCCGUUCAUGAAGACACAUUUGCUUUUUGUGAUAUGCACAAUGUAGAUAAGUGUUCUGACUUUUUUAUAUAGAAUUAUAAAGAAUUAAGGUUUAUAAUUAUAUUUAAAAUGUCAAUCUAAGUAUUAAAAUGUUUUGCAUGUUGUCUAAGAAAUCGAGUACUUUGAUUGUUUCACAGUUUGAAAUAAGCUAUACAAUGUAAUACUUAUUUUUUGUAUGCACCUGAAUUUAGAUUUUACAUGAAGUAUUUUUUCAGUAUUAUAUGUACCUUCUGAAAUAUAUAUGAAUAUGCUUAUUAUACCAAAAUGUUGAAAAAUGGGCACUUAAAGCUUCCAAAAUAUCUCAAUGCUGAUGUAGCAUGUUUGUUGCAAUUUUUUGUAUAAAUGUCUUCAAUGCAAUAUACUGGAAAGCUUUUCUAUUUUAAUAAAAAUAAUUUUAUAUGAU